CUUGCUAUCUGUUGCUUGGUUAAAGACAUGCUUUUAAUCAUUUGUCUCUUAUGUUCAGCACCUUGGAGAGCAAUGUCAUUGCAUAUUCAAAACCUUUAUAUAAGUUACAUUCCCCGUGUUUUUUUAAAUGGUUAUUUACUACUUUGUAAUCACUAACAUUUGCAUUUCAAAUUUCCUGUUUAGAAUAUUGUAUUAAUUGGGUAACUGCAGUAUCAAACAAAACUUUCAACUAACAGGAGAGUUAAUAUCUGUGUUAUUGUGGCGGGGUGGUCGUUUUUAAAGGCAGAGCCACCCAAAUACCAAAAUGCCUGACAACGCCACCUGGGGAGUUUCGCCCGCAGGAGAUAUUUAAUUUACACCUCAGAACUAAGAAGGCUCUUCAAGUUUGUGACUGACACAAGACAGAGACGUGGUUCAAUUAUAAUGAAACAGUUUAACAGUUUAUUUAAUUAUGUCAAUCACAUGUAUUUGUUUAUUCUUGGUAAAAACACUUGAUAUAGAAAAUGACUAAAAUCAAUGAGGGAAAAAGGGGAGUGGGCAGAUGCCAGCCGGGGGAGGCAGUCUAACAGGGCUGUGUCCCACUUACCCACCGGUGCUCACUGAAAACCAAAACUCACUGCAAACCAAAACUCACUACAAAGUGUCCCAGUGCUCCUAUCACUACAAGCCGUGAAGGGAAUCAGACUGUGGGCCUAGCCUCCUCCACAGCUGGCUCCAACUCCACUACAAGGGGCAAAGAAACAACAAAUGAGUAUAAAGCAGAAUAAACAAGUAUCCAGUUGGUCCAAACGAGCAAACAGUAAAAUACACUAAAACCCUAAAUAUGAGACAACAAAACUAAAUUCCAACAAAGCCUAAUUCAAGUGAAACCUAAAAACAGCAGCUGCACCACCUAGUAGGAAGAACACAUUGUACAUUAGAUUACAAUACAAAAGUACACAUUUACAUAUUUUAACUUAGGUAAUUGUAAACUUACCACUACUCAGUAUGAUGAAUACUAAAGUACUAAGGACCAACACACAUCCCUCCAGGUUAACAGGACUGCAGGCAUCACAUUUGGCCAAAGGAACACCAGGUGGACCAGGAUACAAGCUGACAGUAGGCUAACACAAAUGAAUGUAGUUCAGUGCUAAUAUAAGAUGCACAUGAGUAAUAUUAAGCUGUUGAUCAAACAUGACAUCCAGUAUCUGACAAUUUACCUAUCCUAAGGCGCCAUGUGGCAACAGAUAGACAGCAAACGAAACAAAGGCUGCCAUGAUGCCACAGGUGCCUUAAAUACCAAUGAGUUAAUUAGGGGUUGGCUCUGGGGGAGGAGUUUACCUACUUUAGGUGAUGGUGAGUUCAGGGCGUAGAGAUGAGUGUGGGACAGUUACUUGAACCCAGUGUUCAUGCUACACUAUGUUUUAUUCUAAAUCGGUACAUAUCAGUUUAUUAUGAACAUUUUACAUGCACUUGUACUUUAUGAACUCAGAGUGCCGCUGUUGGCUAGCCUGUAUUGGAUUUACCGCAGACCCAAUGUACCUCCCACCAUGUCUUUAUUUUAUAGAGAGAAAGAGGCAGAAUCAAAGCACACGUCCGACUAAACGGGAGAUACAGAACAGGAAAUAUGUACCACGUUGGAGAUAUGCUUUGAUAUUCCGCGUCGACUGAGAAAAUUGGAGUGCAAACAUCUUGGUUUACACUGGAAUAACGUUAGGCAGAACAAUGGGAGGGCAAGUACUGUUGUUUUUCUCGCUCCUCUCUCUCGGAUCGGUGUUCGGACAGGUCAGCUACUCAAUUCCCGAGGAAAUGCCAAAAGGUUCUCUCGUGGGCAACAUGGCAAAGGAUUUUGGCUUGGAUAUUAAACGGCUUAAAUCCGGGCGGGCUCGGAUAUUUACCGAGGAUGGCAGUGAGUACAUUGGUCUGAAUGCAGAUAAGGGAACUCUGGUAGUGGCUAAAAGGAUAGACAGAGAAGAAUUGUGCAAGCAAGUUUCUCCCUGCUCUCUUCAUUUCCAAAUCAUCUUUGAAAAUCCAAUGGAGUUGCAUAGGAUUGAUAUCGUGAAGCUGUGCCGGAAUAUAACAUAA